UUUCUCUAAGUACUACUCUGAGUUGUGUCAUUUAAUUCUUUCUGUGGUUCCAGAGCUCUAUCAGCCAGCAACAUACCAAGUAUCAGAAGACGGCUCAUUUGAAAUUGUGGAUGAGAAGAAUGCAGAUAAGGUGCCCUGGAUCCCCCUGGACCCAUUGAACCCGAAUCUGGAACAGUAUCCAGAGUAUGCUCAGGCAAAACCUUUGCAGUGUACAGUGAAAGCUGGUGAGAUGUUAUACCUUCCUUCUCUCUGGUUCCAUCACGUUCAGCAAUCUCAUGGCUGUAUAGCAGUGAAUUAUUGGUAUGACAUGGAAUAUGACCUUAAGUACAGCUAUUAUCAACUACUAGAUUGCCUCACAAAAACCCUGAAAGUGUUAUAG